AUGUCGGAGUCGGAGCGUAGUGUUCUUCACAAGAAUUGGAUCGAGCAAAGAAGUGCACAACUCACCAACGACCUUAUUCAUGCAAUAGAUUCCUACCAUGGUUCCAAGUCCGCGCUGGAUAAAUGUCACAGCGAAUUAGAUCUUCGGUGUCUUCGAGAAGCCCAUGUUAUAGGCGUGACGACUUCUGGACUGGCAAGGAACAUCGAGUUGCUCCAGCGCGUACGAGCAAAAGUCAUGCUUUGCGAAGAAGCUGGAGAAGUUCUCGAAGCACAUACUCUCACUGCAUUACUACCCGGGGUCGAACAUGCGAUAUUGAUUGGCGAUCAUGAACAACUACGGCCCCAAAUUAACAGCUACGAGCUUCAACAUGACAGUCCCCGAGGCAAGAGAUAUUCCCUUGACAUCUCACUAUUUGAGCGUCUUGUCAAGCCACAGAUGGGCAAUUUCCAAGUACCAUUGAGUACAUUGAAGACUCAGCGACGAAUGCACCCUUCUAUCUCAGAACUAGUGAGAGUCCCGCUCUAUCCGGACUUACAAGAUCAUCCCUUGGUAUCAGAAUAUCCGCAAGUCGAUGGAAUGCGAGAUCGCCUAUACUGGCUUGAUCACCAAGAGAGAGAAGAUCCGCGGCCUGCCAAUGCUGUUUCCUUAUCUAGAACCAAUACUUUUGAAGUUGAUAUGAUCGCUGCUCUUGUCUCACAUCUUGUGAGGCAAGGAACUUGUUGGAGAUCGAGAUCAAGAAGAUUGGAAGUUCACGGACUUCAAGACGACCCGGAAACUUCUAUAGAUGGCCAAGUCCAAGUCCAGAAGACGACACUCCUCAAUGCUUUGAGGAUUGCUACCGUUGACAAUUUUCAAGGAGAAGAGGCAAAAGUUAUUGUCAUCUCCUUAGUUCGGAGCAACGAUGAGCGGAAAUGUGGAUUUCUGAAAACCUCAAAUCGCAUUAACGUGCUGCUAAGUCGUGCACGACAUGGAAUGUUCAUCAUCGGUAACUCCGAUACCUCAAGGCCUGUUCCUAUGUGGGCUAAAGUGCUCUCUAUUCUAGAGCGCUCAAACAACAUUGGCCCAAAACUUGCACUAUGCUGUCCUCGACAUAUAGAAACAUCCAUCGAAGUCUCAGUGCCGGAUGAUUUCGCUCGGCUGGCCCCUGAAGGCGGUUGUGCUAAGAGAUGUUCUUCGAGACUACUCUGUGGGCAUUCAUGCCCUAAUAUGUGCCACUCUAAAUCCUUGCACACUGCAGUCCGCUGCCUCGAACGCUGCCCAAGAACAAAGGAAGGUUGUGAGCAUGAGUGUCCGAGACCUUGCGGAGAUCUAUGCGAACCAAAAUGCCAAGUCAUAUUGUUUGAUAUCUCUUUACCAUGUGGGCACGUCGCUAAGCAACUAAGAUGUCACGAGGCGCAGACACCAGCAGAAGUUCGUUGUCAAUUCCAGAUGGAACAAGUCAUGGAGCAUUGCAAACAUAAAAUACGAGUUCGUUGUCACGAACUGCCUUUACAUUUUGAUUACCCCUGUUCAGGCAUCUGCCGAGCAGCACUGGCUUGCGGACACAAUUGCAUAAGAUACAUGAAGUUUGCAAGACCCAGUGUGGAAGACCAUACACAACCUGCAGUCAUAGCUGCAAAUCUCAAUGCCAUGGCGACAUGCCCUGUCCUCUGUGUACAGAGCCCUGUGAAGUCAGUUGCAAUCAUUCAAAAUGCAGCAAGCUUUGUAACGAGCCUUGUGCGCCAUGUGCUCAGGAUUGUUCUUGGUCUUGUCCACAUCGUGGACGGUGCCUAUUACCGUGUGCAGUACCCUGUGAUCUGCUCCCAUGCUCACAGCGCUGCGCAAAUGUUUUGGCUUGCGGGCAUAGAUGUCCCAAUCAAAGAAAUGGUCGUUGACUUCAUUUUAUCAUCCACUUUCGAGGAGGUCGAUCUUGAUGAGAAUCCUUGCAUCGUGCCUUCAUGUGGACAUAUUCUCACCCUAGAGAGUAUGGAUGGACAUAUGAGCAUGUCGGAUUUCUAUACUAUGAAUGGCGAGGGCUCAAUCGUUGACUUGAAGAAUAGUGCCGAACCAUUCUCUGCCUCCGGAAUGAAAAGCUGCCCAACUUGCCGUGGCCCUUUGAGAAACCUCAACCGUUACAGUCGUAUUGUUCGUCGAGCAUUGAUCGACGAGGCGACAAAGAAAUUUAUCGUCUGGGCUAACAUAGAGUUUAUCCCUCUAGUCACCAGGAUGCAUGCAAUUGAAGCAGAGCUCCGCGAGACUAUUGGAGGCAGCAGGAAGGAUUCCGAGACGGCAUCGCCAUUAACUCCUUUUUCAGAACCUCUUCAGUUGAAGGGAACUCUUGACCAACAAAUCUCCCUGAUUGGGAACCGUAUGCAGAAAGAGAGCCGAUAUAUAAAGAUCAUUGGACUUCGAAGAGAGAUCAAAAAAUUUCUUCAACAGGUCAAUGAAAAAGAACAGCCCUUCGGUCGCAUCUACGACCUCGUCCAAGAUGCCCGUAGACAUCGUGGAAUCAAUAUCAAUCUACAAUCCAAAGUCGACGUGCUUCAGGUGCGCAGCCGAAUUCUAACUAGGGUGUUGCUUAUUAGAUGCGACUACACCAUCCUCCUAACUUUCCUCAAUGAUCAGAAAGGCGAGACUGGCGCAAUUUCUCCCAGCACUCAGGUCGAUUUUACUAUCAACAGGAAGGAAUGUGAACAGCUGAUAGAAGAAUCUGAUACAAGACAUCAACCAGGAAACUACGUUGAGGGCCUUCUAUACUGGGCACGGUUCUUCGCCCUCGAGCGGAGCUUCGUAAAGCCUGGAUCGGAGCUCACACAGCUUUUUCACAAAGCCAUAGAAUAUCUUCAACUCGCACCCGAUAUUUGUGAUGAAUAUCCCGGUCAAACUGCGGGAAUGAAGAAUGAAGUUGAGGGAGUUGAGAAGAUGUUGCGAGAUUCGACAUUUUAUAUGCCUGUAAGCAACGAGGAAAAAGCUGCUGUGUAUGCGGCUAUGGCACAUGACUUUAGGGGCACUGGGCAUUGGUAUUACUGUGAGAAUGGCCACCCAUUUACGAUUGGCGAGUGUGGUAUGCCAAUGGAAACUUCUCAAUGCCCACAAUGUGGUUCCCCGGUUGGUGGUCAUAAUCAUCAAGCUAUUAGUAGUGUCAGACCUGCGACAGACCUGGAGCUUCAAUUCGGCGGAGUUAGGAUCUGA